AUGUCGGUCAGCAUUAAGAUCACAGUCUCCGGUUCCUCUCUGGGACAAAACUGCCACAAGGCAAGUGGUGGGGAAAAUGAUGAUGACUCUGACCAGAACUGGAAACCACCAGAAAAGGACCUGAUCCAGAAGUUAAUAGCACAGAUUGAAUAUUACUUCUCAGAUGAAAACCUUGAGAAAGAUGCCUUCCUUCUAAAGCAUGUGAGAAGAAAUAAGAUGGGCUAUGUCAGUGUUAAACUCCUCACUUCUUUCAAGAAGGUGAAACACCUUACCCGUGACUGGAGAACCACAGCCUAUGCACUGAAGUACUCGCAUACUCUCGAACUCAAUGAUGAUAACAAAAAGGUUAGAAGAAAUACUCCAGUUCCAGUGUUUCCAAGUGAAAACCUCCCUACCAGGAUGUUACUGGUGUAUGAUAUCCACAUGAUUUCUGAGCUGCAGGCUCUUAACAAACAAGAAAAUGGAUGCAUGCAAGAAAGGAUAAUGGAGCAUCUCCUCAAAGCCUUUGUAACUUUUGGUGUAAUUUCAUCAGUUCGUAUUCUCAAGCCCGGUAGGGAUCUACCACCUGAUAUCAGGAGGGUCAGCAACCGGUACACGCAACUGGGAACUCAGGAAUGUGCAAUUAUAGAAUUUGAAGAAGUAGAUGCGGCCGUACGUGCACAUGACUUCAUGUGUGCUGAAAAGAAAGAGACUGGCAUGAAAGUUGUCCUAAUAGGCAUGAAACCUCCAAAGAAAAAAGUUCCCAAAGACAAGAACAGUGAUGAAGAUACCAGCAAGAGUCUUAAGAAGGCUAGAUCCCUUAAUAAGAGAGUUGAGGAACUUCAGUUUGUUGGAGAUGAAUCUUCAGCAAAUAGCUCUUCUGAUGCAGAGAGUAAUCCUACAUCACCAUUGUCAGGACGCAGAAGUACUGCAACAAAUGCUAUGAGUAAUUUGAGCCCUGUCAUUCACCCAACCAACCAUUUGAGUCCUAAUGUGUCACCCAGAUCAAGUCCUUGGAACAGUCCAUCUUCACUAAGAAAAGUAAUCAGAAAGUCUCCGCUGGCUGAAGACUGCAAGCUUAGCCCUGACAUUCCACACAAAUGUACAGAUGAUUCCUCAGAUAGCAGUAUCACUCCUUCUGGUAGUCCCUGGGUACAGAGAAGAAAAGCUCAAACCAUAACACAAGAGAAGAGUCCCAUCAGUAGUCCCAUGUUGGUUCGGAAAAUACAAAAUGCAGAUGGUCUACCUGUAGGCGUGCUGCGGCUGCCUAAAGGUCCUGAUGGCACUAAAGGAUUCCACAAUGGAUGUGAAAGAAGGAACGCUACGAAGAAUGAAUAA